UCCAUAGUAGUUUCAGCUGUUUAUGUGGAUACUGCUCCACCAAAAUACAAACGCUCAUACACUUUGGUGCGCAGUUACAAACAACUAUUGACAGCAGUAAUUUGACUUUGCUAUAUUGUUGACAUAUUUUGAUUUUGUGUAAAUAUUUACAUACAAAUGCAGUUAAAGUAGAAGAGAUAGUGCAAGAAAGUUCAUGUAUAAUCACAGAUUAUUAUAAGAAAUCAUGUCUGAAUUUGUGGAAUAUACGGAGCCAGAGUGGCGUGGCAUGAAUAUGCGAGAGCUGAAGGUUGACGAAGCAUAUUUGGUGGUCAAAAAUCAGUACAAUCAACCAGCUUACCUUUACAGUCGAUCCGAAGAAUGUUACACAUGCCCCUACAGCUUUGUGAGAUCAAUGCACAACUUUACAUAUAAAUUAAAUGUGGCGCGUGGUUGGGAAUUUAAAGUGUAUGACAAAAGAGUGGAUGCACUGACCGCUAAUGAAAUGCAAUGCAAUGAUACGAUCUGCAACAGUGUGUGCGAAUUGUAUGCGUCCCCAACAGAGCUGCAAGAGUUUGGAGUUUAUAAUUUUACGCUGCAUCAAAAUGGUAGCUGUGAGCUGAUAACAGACAAAGCGGGCGUCGAUGUGAAUUUAUCGCUCGUGUCGGUGUUUCUCCUAGUCACCUUGGUAUUGGCGGCGAUACGCAUGGCUUGGUGCGCUUGGAGUUCGUAUACUUUCAAUCCGGAGGCGGCAGCUGCUGCCGAAAUCAAUGCCGCCGUUACACCGAGCAAGCGCAUGCGCAGUUUGGAUGCUUUUAGGGGAAUGGCAAUUGUUUUGAUGAUAUUCGUAAAUAGUGGCGGCGGUGGCUAUUGGUGGAUCGAACAUGCACCUUGGAAUGGUUUACACUUAGCGGAUGUUGUCUUCCCCUCAUUCUUAUGGAUUAUGGGUGUUUGUAUACCGAUUUCCGUUAAGUCGCAAUUGGCACGCGGGACGCCGAAAGCGAGGAUAUGUCGACGUAUUAUUUGGCGUUCAUUUAAAUUAUUUGUUAUUGGCGUAUGUCUAAACUCGGUAAAUGGUCCACAAAUGUCCAAUUUACGCAUAAUGGGUGUACUGCAACGCUUUGCUGUUGCAUAUCUAAUCUGUGGUUUGGUUCACACGUUAUUCAUUCAGGGGGAGUUCGUGAUGCCACAGAUCGCUUGGAAACGCGCUUUGUGUGAUAUAAUUUUACUAAGAGCAGAAUUUCUGGUAAUGCUUUCGCUCAUUGCUGUUUACUUGGGUUUAAUAUUCGGACUUCCGGUGCCAAAUUGUCCCACCGGUUAUCUGGGUCCUGGCGGCAAGCACUCAAACGCACAAUAUCCGAACUGCACAGGUGGCGCUAACGGUUAUGUAGAUCGCUUGAUUUUAGGCGAUGCGCACAUCUAUCAGCAUCCCACGGCGAAAUAUAUUUACGGCGCACAGGCUUUCGAUCCCGAGGGCGUCUUUGGUUGCCUCUUAACUGUGGUGCAGGCAUUUUUGGGCGUGCUUGCAGGCGUUAUUAUAUUGGUUCAUACCGGUUGGAGCGCACGCAUUAAACGCUGGCUAUAUUGGUCACUUGCUCUGGCUCUGCUGGGUGGUGCGCUAUGCUUUUUCACUGUGGAGGAUGGUCCCAUACCAAUUAAUAAAAAUCUCUGGUCUCUUUCUUUUGUCUUCGUCACCUCCGCUUUGGCAUUCUUCAUACUCAGCAUUCUCUACUUUAUUAUUGACGUUCGUCGCUGGUGGGCGGGCUUUCCGUUUGUGGAGUCCGGCAUGAAUGCCAUUAUCAUGUAUGUGGGUCAUAGCGUUAUGCAUAAAAUGUUGCCCUGGCACUGGCGCAUUGGACCGAUGAAUACACAUUUCGUUCUCUUACUUGAAUGCACUUGGAACACAUUACUUUGGGUGGCGAUCGCUCUGUAUUUGGAUGCGAUCAAGUUUUAUUAUAGUUUAUAAGUUGAAGGAUUUAUCAAAUAUCAAAAAGUAAAUAUUAUGAAUUUUAUUCAAUUGUAAAUAUGUAUGUGUGUAAAUACAUAAGUUUUUUAUUCUUUUUUA